AUGUAUCCGAUCCACAGGGUAGACGGCGCGGUCGAGCGACGCGACGCUAUUAGCUGUCAAAGUUCACCACAACGUGAGCAUGCAUCCGGGCGCUAUCGACCCUCAAGCUCGACCUUUCCCUUCCUCCGCCUUCCUGCAUCCAUUCGCCGUCAGAUCUACGCCAUCCUCCCCGUCCACACAAAGCACGUCACCGGCCUCCGUGGCACAUGUACUAUCUGGAAGGACAAGCCCGUCAUCAUCCUCAUCCUGCGCUACGUCGAGAGGUCCAUUGUUCAGACCUGUCGCCUCCUCCGCGAUGAAGCAGACCCGGUGUUGGAGAUUGAGACCUUGACACUGGGACCACCGCAGAUAAUAGUGGUGGGCGAGUACUUCGACCGCGUGCCGGAAUUCGUGCGUAUGGUGAGAGAGAUGCACGACGUAUACAUAUACCAGCGCCUACGCCUCCGCGACUCCCAGCUUCUCAGUGGCCCCGCACCCUCUUUUGACUUUGCAAACUGCCUGAUCUGGACGCAACUCGCAACGCUGCACCUACAGUCCGUCAAGGCCUUCGAGAUCGGCGUCUACAUCAGCGCAAACAGUCAUCUGGGCAGAUUCACUCACAACCUUGAGCAAACUGCCUCUGCUAUCAAGGAUCCGCGGUGGGACACCGAGUCGGGCGAUUACAAUCGGCCUAAGUUCUGGGUAGUGUUUGAGUGGGAGGCGAACAGGGAGGGCCUCGCGGAGAAUCUGGCUAUGCAUACGAUACAGGGAAAGGGGAUUAGGGUUAUUGGGAAUGCCGAGACCUGGGAGAAGAGAGAGUGGUGGGGCGUCGGGAGUUUUGGGCUGUUGUUUGGGUGUGCGGAGGGGACUUGGAGGUGGAUUCGGAAGCUAGGAAUGUAG